CCCAACUCGGUCACUUUCUGCAUCCAUCUUCAUCUCUAAUCUGUUCAUCGGUCGAAAUUUGUUUAUUUGAGCGUGGGGGUUUUCACAUAGGACCCAACUCAAGUCACCGUACCAGUUCAUCCAUUAGUUGACCUUUGUAGGUGGGCUCAAUCCGUCAUUAGAUCCAACAGGCCGGGCACUGGCCAGCCACCACGAGGAUACAAGUGGCCAAUCUCUCCGCUUUAUCCGAUCCACCACAACGCCCCUAUCGAUCCGCUACCUCAUCCGGCCUCGAUUGUCUAUCUCAGGGACACUCGCAAUAGCCAACACUUCCAGCAGUGUCACUUCCCACCCAUAUCACCAUGUCGAACCCGUUGGACACCGAUGCCGGCUCGGAGCUGUUCAGCAGCUACGAGACCGAGUUGAAGCUGGUCCAGGCCGACCUCAACCAGAAGCUAGAUCAGAUCUCGGAGUCGAGCGGUGAACAACGGAAGUCUGCCAUCCGGCAAGCGGAAAGAGCGCUGGAUGAGGCCACGGAAUUGUUGGACCAAAUGCGCAUGGAGAAACAGAACAUCCCCUCUUCCGCCCGAUCGAAAAUCAACACCCGGGUCCGCAACUAUGCGACGGACAUCGAUGAGGCCAAGCGCAAGCUGCGGUCUCUGUCGGAUGACCGCAAAGCCCUCUUCGGCGAUCGGUACACGGAUGAUCCGCAGGACGAGCAUCUGGAACAGCGCCAGCAACUUCUGUCUGGUACAGAGCGCCUGGAGCGCAGUUCGGCUCGGCUCCAGGAGAGUCAGCGCAUCGCUCUUGAGACGGAGGAUAUCGGCCGCAACACUCUGGCGGAUCUGAACCAGCAGCGGGAGACCAUCAUCAAUGCUCGAGGUCGUCUGUUGGAGAGUGAGGGCUACGUAGAUACCAGUAUUAAGACAUUGAGGGGCAUGGCCCGUAGGAUGGCUACGAAUCGGCUGAUUACCAUUGCAAUCAUUACUGUGUUGAUUCUUUUGAUUUUCGCUGUGAUCUACAGCAAGUUCCACUGAGCGUGGGUUUUCCAGCAGGCGUUACCAUGGGAUGACCAUCUUUUUUCCUUUGUAGUACUUUGUUAACGACAUAUACACGUCUGCAUUAGCAGACUCCUCCACGGAAUUUUGUAUGAUAGCACUCUUCCAGCUCUAAUCAAAGACCACUGUGUCCAGCA